CCAUCUGGUCUAUAAGACCACUCUUUUCAGAAAUUCUAGCUUAUUUUUUUCCCUUGGAAAUUCAAAACGCGGCCGCAGUCCCCCAAGCCAAGGUAUCGUAGCUGAAGUCUUCAGGGGAGGGGAAGAAAUAGGCCUCGCAAAACCGGGUAGCGUUCCUUCGGGCCUAGUUUUUUCUUCUUCUCUUCUCCUCCUCCCGGGUCUCGUGGGUGCGGCGUCCCCCGGUUGCCAGGCAGCGACUCCGGAAGCGGCUCGGCGGCCUCCGUGUGGUUGCCGGUUUGUUCUCUUGCGCCGCCUCCCUUUCCUUCGCCGGGAAAUGCAGGGAGCCGCUUUCGAAGCAAGAGAGCGGCCGGGUCUUUGAACAGGAAGGAUGGGGAAGCCCCGGACGGCCAAAGCAGGAGCCUGUGGUGGUGGCCUCUGAGGAGGAGGAGAAGGCAGGGCCGUCGCCCCAUCCACACACACACACACCCGCUCAGGCGACCGGGCGGGAACCGACGCGCGUCUUCAUUUGGGGAUAAUGGCAGGAAAAGUAAAAUGGGUGACUGAUAUAGAGAAAUCUGUGCUAAUAAACAACUUUGAAAAGAGAGGAUGGAUCCAGGUGUCAGAAAAUGAAGACUGGAACUUCUACUGGAUGAGUGUGCAAACUAUUCGAAAUGUUUUCAGUGUGGAAACUGGCUACCGCCUCUCUGAUGAUCAGAUUGUCAACCAUUUUCCAAACCAUUAUGAGCUCACUCGGAAGGACUUAAUGGUAAAAAAUAUCAAGAGAUACAGAAAAGAACUAGAAAAAGAAGGAAGUCCUCUUGCAGAGAAAGAUGAAAAUGGAAAAUACCUUUAUUUAGACUUUGUUCCUGUUACCUUCAUGCUUCCAGCUGAUUAUAAUUUGUUUGUUGAAGAAUUCCGAAAAAAUCCGUCUAGUACUUGGAUUAUGAAACCCUGUGGAAAAGCUCAAGGAAAAGGAAUAUUUCUUAUUAAUAAACUUUCACAAAUUAAAAAAUGGUCCCGGGACAGCAAAACAUCUACGUUUGUAUCUCAGUCCUCUAAAGAAGCAUAUGUAAUUUCUCUGUAUAUCAAUAAUCCGCUGCUAAUUGGUGGGAAAAAAUUUGAUCUUCGUCUUUAUGUAUUAGUGUCAACUUACCGUCCUCUGAGGUGCUAUAUGUAUAAACUUGGAUUUUGUCGCUUUUGCACAGUAAAAUAUACACCAAGUACAAGUGAAUUAGAUAACAUGUUUGUGCAUCUUACAAAUGUUGCUAUUCAGAAGCAUGGGGAUGAUUACAAUCACAUUCAUGGUGGUAAAUGGACAGUGAGCAAUCUUCGCUUGUAUCUUGAAAGCACUCGAGGAAAAGAGGUCACCAACAAGCUGUUUGAUGAAAUACACUGGAUAAUCGUGCAGUCACUAAAGGCUGUUGCUCCUGUCAUGAACAAUGAUAAACACUGCUUUGAAUGCUAUGGAUAUGACAUCAUAAUUGAUGACAAACUUAAACCCUGGCUUAUUGAGGUCAAUGCUUCUCCAUCUCUUACUUCUAGUACUGCCAAUGACCGUAUACUUAAAUACAAUCUCAUUAAUGACACACUUAACAUUGCUGUGCCAAAUGGAGAAAUUCCAGACUGUAAAUGGAAUAAAUCACCUCCAAAGGAAGCUCUUGGAAAUUAUGAGAUAUUAUAUGAUGAAGAGGUGGCACAGAGUGAAUUGCCAGACCGGGAUUUACGAAGCCGCUCUGGACAGCCCAUUGGGUUUAAGGGAAAUCGAGCGAGAGACACUGGGAAAUCAGGGCCCCUUACAUGGAAAUAGCUACAGAAAGGAGUUUGGUACUCCCUGAAAUUCAGGGGCUGUUGUGGGAAGUUGUUUCGAAAUGAAUGCUCAUUUUUGGAUAACUUGCUUUCUUUCUGAAAAAUGCCCUUAGGGUGGAGGUAAUAUUGCUCAAAGAGAAAAGGCUUUUUUUUUGUCUGUCCUCUGGUGACAAGUAGAAUGGAAGCAUGUACUAAACUAAUAUAAUGGCAUGUAUAAGCAUCUGUUUUAUUAUUAAAUUAUUUUCAGUUUUGCUGCAGAAUUGUUACACUGAAUGCUGCAUCAUAUAAUUGUAAUAUAUAAUAUAAAUUAUUACAGGUGAGAUUAAAUUUUUUUAAAAAAAUAA